CCCGGAAGUGGGUGUGAGCUUGAAGCGACGGUGGAGAACAACCGAGGGGAUCCGGUGUGGGACAUGCGAGCGGCGCUGCGCCUGGCUGUGGUGGCUGUCCCCAUGGGAGUGCUGCUGUCCCGGACCAUGGCCUGGAUGUCCAGCGGGAAGACACAUCCAGAGCUCAUCUCCAGGCUCAGGGAUCACGGAGUAAUCCGCUCCGACAGAGUGUUCGACGCCAUGCUGGCUACAGACAGAGGGCUGUACUCCAGAGACUACCCGUACGCAGACUCUCCUCAGUCCAUAGGUUACCGGGCGACCAUCAGUGCACCGCACAUGCACGCUCAUGCUUUAGAGCUGCUCAGUGACAAACUGACUGAAGGGGCGUCUGCGCUGGACGUGGGCUCCGGGAGCGGAUACCUCACCGCCUGCUUCGCAAGAAUGACGGGACCCAGUGGGAGAGUGGUUGGCAUCGAACACAUCGACGAGUUGGUUCAGAUGUCCAUAAAACACGUGCAGGCCGACGACCCCGAGCUGCUGUCCUCCGGACGCAUCAAGCUCAUCGUGGGAGACGGACGGCUUGGCUACCCAGACGGAGCGCCGUAUGACGCCAUUCAUGUCGGUGCAGCUGCUGCUACGGUGCCCAAGGCUCUCCUGGAGCAGCUGAAGCCCGGCGGGCGCCUGGUCCUCCCCGUGGGCCCCGACGGCGGCAGUCAGGUGCUGGAGCAGUACGACCGGCAGAGCGACGGCACCUUCCUGAAGAAAGCGCUGAUGGGCGUGGUCUACGUUCCCCUCACUGACAAGCGGCACCAGUGGCCCGGAGGUGAGCUCUGACCUGCAGUGUGGUUGCCCCUGCAGGAGGUGGCGCUGGUGCUGCGUCUCCGGGCCUCCUUAGCUGCGCUUCCUGCUGGGAUGGACUGUCGCCUAGCAACGUAGAAGGAGGAUCAUAUUGCUCUCUGUUUACUUGAGCAGAUCGUCUUCCCAGAACACCAAAACUAUGAGUCACUGAAUAAAUGACCACGAGUCCAGUGAUUGGUCUCUUCCCAGAAUCCUCGGAGGCAGGGAUUGACAUGGUGGACAACAGCAGGCGUAAACAGUGUGAUUGUGGGGAAUAACCGAGACGCAUUCGGACGGCUUGUUUGUCGAAGAGCAGCAGGAUGUUUGAAGAGAGUUUAAAUAAAUGUUAUAAUUAUGUUUGAUCCGAUGGAAAUAUUUGUUCCGAAUGAAGAGACACAUGAGACGAAGUCCAGAGCAAGCCAAGGAGUUUCAAUAAACAUGACAAAGUAAUAUUUAUUUUGUGGUCAGAAAGCCUCCUGCAGUUUUCUUAUACUGUCUGUAUAGAAAAAGUUUAGUUUGACUUUGUUGGUGUGGAGAAAAAAAGUGCCAAAAUAAUGAAUAAUUUGGGGCAUUUUUAAAUAAUAGGACUAUUGUAAUUAUGUGCAUACCUGAUUUGUAAAUAAAAUUCACUCUAU